CUCCAUGAGGCCGAGUCCUCAGCUGUACUUAAUGUGAGUAACGAGGCAGUGGAAUCUCAGUCACUGUGAGACCUCCGACAACAUGCUGCUGCUCGCUGCGCUUCUGUUUGUUCAAUCCCUGAAACAUGUCGACUCCAGUCCUUUACCGGACGCUGAGCACGGCUCUCAGGGGGACUGGUUAGGCAGGGUGCUGCAUUAUAUGGAAUCUAACCCCGAGACUGUAGAAGAGCUGAUGACUAAGAAGUACGGCGUGUCGGAGGGCGACAUGGUGCUGUCGACCGACAGGAACGCGGUGAAAACCAUAUGGCUGUCACCGGCCAUCCCGUACGUCAUCAGCCCAGAGUUGGAAAGUCGGACGGGCGACAUCCUCGCAGCGAUGGCCAUGUUGUCCAAACCCACCUGUGUGUCCUUCCACAAGAGAACCUAUGAGACCGACUACCUGUACUUCAUAAAAAGCAAAGGUUGUGCUUCCUAUGUGGGCUUCAUGGGCGGCGUGCAAACUGUGUUCAUCGCCCCCGAGUGCAUCGUGGGUAACAUCGCCCAUGAGCUUAUUCACGCUCUGGGCUUCCACCACGAACACACAAGGACAGACCGCGAAGACUACGUCACAGUUCUUCAGGAAAAUAUCAUGGAAGGAAAGGAGAAAAACUUCCAAAAGAGAGCAGGCGAAACCUUUAAUCUCCGUUAUGACGUCGCGUCGAUCAUGCACUAUGGAAGUGAAUUCUUUUCAGCCAACGGGCUGCCCACCAUCGUACCCAAAGUUGACGAGCAGGAGAUGGGGCAGAGAGUUAAAUUGUCCAAGACGGACAUCAAGAAGGUUUGCCUUCGCUACAACUGCGCGGCCUCCAAAAAACCAAACUGGUGUUGAGUCGGAUGCAAACAUGCAGGAGGAAGCAUCAGGAACAUCAGCCUCCACCUGCAGACCUGCUGCCACCAGGGGGCGCAACACCCGCUGAGAAGAGGCCGACUCGGAACUCUUAAAUAAACACACCAGAUUUGUCUUCACUGUUUUCACAUCAAGCUGUUGGAACAAACUAUAUUUCACUGUUCAUGUCCCUGCGCUAUUAUUAUAAUUAAUAAAAAAGGUAUUUUCUAAAUGCUCUGAAAUUAAAGGAGCUUUAAGUUACACUAAAGUUUAACAUUAAGGAAAAGCUGCAUAAAAAGUGUGGUGUGUGUGUGUGUGUGUGUGUGUGCACACGCUGCAAAGACUCACGCAGGUGUCUGCACUUGACUUAAAUAAAAUGUUUUAAGCAAAGAUUAAAUAAAUUGACAUGUUUUGG